UGAGGGACCGUUUUGAAGUUGCUCCACCUUCUGCAAAAACGUUACGCACUUCUUUCUUUCUUUUCAUUCUCCUCCUGCUUCGUCAUCGGUGUUUUCUUUGAUCUCUUUGUCUCUCCUCCUUCUUUGCGAACGCCGCAUUUGAUUCUCGUGUGUGUGCUAAGCAACGGAGUAGAUAGAGAUUACAACAUCAGGCUCAAUCGUGAGCCCAAACAGGUUCAUUCGCUUCGGUUUCUCGAUUGUUGGCCAUUUUCACUUUUGCUCCUCUACAAAUGGCAUCUUUGUACUCGACCGGUGCCGAUACUCGGGCAGCGGAUCUACGGAAGAGAAACACGACGCAGCUCGCAUCGCCAACAACGCUUUCUGACCAAAGCGUGGCAGAUGAGAGAAAGGAAAAGAAGCAAUCGAUUCUCGACCUCGUAGCUGAAUGGGAGUGGCUGUAUGCGCCAGUAUUAUUUACUUUGCUUGCCUUCUUUACUCGGAACUACAAAAUCGGUCUGUCGCCUAUUGUUACUUGGGAUGAGGCACAUUUCGGCAAAUUUGGCUCCCACUACCUCAAGCGCGAGUUUUACUUCGAUGUUCAUCCGCCUCUCGGUAAAAUGCUCGUUGGGCUGUCUGGCUACAUCGCUGGCUACAAUGGCUCGUUUGAAUUCAAAUCUGGCGACAGAUACCCUGAAGAAGUCAACUACACCGCGAUGCGUGUGUUUAACUCGACCUUUGGCGCUCUGUGUGUUCCUCUGGCAUACUACACAGCGAAAGAGCUCAACUUCCGCAAGCUGACGGUGUGGCUUAUUACCCUCAUGGUUCUGUGCGAGAACUCGUACACGACGAUAAGCAGGUUCAUCUUGCUAGAUUCCAUGCUUCUCUUUUUCACCUUUACAACAGUGUACUGCUGGGCAAAGUUUCACUCAUAUCGUAAGGAUCCAUUCACGCCAGAAUGGGGUCUUUGGCUAAUGCUUACGGGUGUGUCGAUUGGCUGCGUAUGCAGCGUCAAGUGGGUCGGGUUUUUUGUUACUGCGCUUGUUGGUCUGUAUACAAUUGAGGACUUGUGGAACAAAUUCGGCGACGUUGAGAUGCCCAAGCUAGAUCUUGCUCUGCACCUGGCUUUCCGUGUUUUCGGUCUCAUCGUUCUUCCGCUGAUGGUGUAUAUGUUUUCUUUCUAUCUGCACUUUCUCAUCCUUGAGAACAGCGGUCCAGGGGAUGCACAAAUGUCCUCCCUUUUUCAGGCCAAUUUGCGGGGUACUGAUGUCGGCAAGAACUCGCCACUUGAGGUUGCCAUUGGUUCUCGUGUUACGUUGAAGAACAUGGGUUAUGGUGGAGGUUUGCUUCACUCGCACGUUCAAACGUAUCCAGAAGGAUCUGGCCAACAACAAGUCACCUGCUAUCACCACAAAGAUGCCAACAAUGACUGGUUCUUCUACCCAAAUCGACACGAGGGUGACUUCAACCCGAAUGACCCCCCUAGGAUGGUCAAGAACGGCGACAUCAUUCGCUUGAUUCAUGCUCAAACUGGCCGUAACCUUCACUCGCAUACGGUAGCUGCUCCGGUGACUAAGAGCGACUGGGAGGUUUCCUGCUAUGGCAACACCACUAUUGGUGACACUAAGGAUCACUGGCAGGUCGAAAUUGUCGAUGAUGCCGCAUACUCAGACAAGUCAAAGCUUCGAACUCUCACAACUGCCGUUCGAUUCAGACAUGUUGACCUUGGAUGCUAUCUCCGUGCUGGCAAUGUCAACUUGCCUCAAUGGGGGUUCAAGCAGAUUGAAGUUACUUGUGUGAAGGAGAAUAAGCCACGCGACAAGCACACCCACUGGAAUGUUGAAAGCCACUGGAACGAAAAACUUCCCGCCGCAGAUGCUGGUGCGUACAAGUCGCCCUUCUUGAGAGACUUUAUCCAUCUCAACGUGGCCAUGAUGACCUCGAACAAUGCUCUUGUUCCUGAUCCAGACAAGCAAGACGACCUCGCCUCAUCGUUCUGGCAGUGGCCAAUUCUUCACGUGGGCUUGCGUAUGUGUUCGUGGGAUGACAAUACCGUAAAAUACUUCCUCCUAGGCAAUCCAUUCGUGUACUGGGCCUCAACCGCCUCUCUUGUAAUCUUCACCAUCAUGGUCUUUUGGUACGCGAUUCGGUGGCAGCGUGGUUAUGAGGACCUGAAACCUACGGAUCUGGAUCACAUCCACUAUUCAGGCCUCUAUCCAGUGGCUGGCUGGUUUCUCCAUUACUUGCCAUUCAUCAUCAUGGGACGUGUGACGUACGUGCACCACUAUUACCCUGCACUGUGGUUUGCCAUCUUGACACUUGGCUUUGUCAUAGAUUGGUCAACAUCGAGGUUGAAGAAAGAAUUCCAGAUUGGCCUUUAUAUUGUCUUGUAUGCGAUCAUCGUUGGUCUUUACUGGUUGUUCAGGGCAAUAAGUUUCGGUAUGGAGGGUAGCAACCAGAAGUGGAAGCACUUGAAAUGGUUCGAUAGCUGGAGAAUCAGUGACUGAGCCGCAAUUCGUGGCUGGAGACAUAUCUUAGUAGUCCUCUCAUUCGGACAGUGUCUUCUUCAUAUCAUGAGGAGAAUGCAGUCUAUACCGGAGACUAAUUUUUAUUUUGGUAGCUUGAUUUGGUAUUUUGACCUUGUCAAGUGAUAUGCUGAAGGGCCGGAAUUUGGCGUUUCUAUUGGAAAUAAAGAAAAAUAGCUUCUAUUAUGCUGCGAAGUUUGAAAAACAUAGCUCUGUUUGAUUUCGAGCGAAACUUAGUUGCGGAGAAAUCAAGACGGAAGACAUAUCCCGGUUUGCUUUCGCGUCCAUCCGAUGCAAGACCGGUCAUUCUAAACUUGCCAGAAACUCGCUUCUAGUAUCACGCAGCUGAGAAUUGAAAAUUGGAGUACUUGCCGGCUGCUGGUUGACACGUUGUAUCACCGGCUGGAUCAUUUAGGGGGUAAAACCCACAUCUUUGAUAAUCUAGCUUUAAGGAUAUUGCAUUACAUACUAAGACUUUUACUUUUCAUCGGGAUGA